ACCAUUGGCUGUAUUGGCUUUAUUUGUCCAUUAGCUGUGAUACAAGAUGGAUACUACUAACAAGUAUAUCUAACAAAAUAGAUUUGUUUGAUUGUGUAAAGUUAACAGUAUUUAUUUCUUAUUUCUGAUACUCCACCAAAACAACCGGCACGAGCAGUGGCAGAGUCCCCAUCCACUCUCCAGAGAUCUCCAGGAGUCCACAAGGAGAAGUCCCUCCCUUACCUCCCACAGAUGUACUGGGGGCUGGAUCCUCUGCACCGCGCCUACGUCAAGAUGUUUGUCCGAGAUGUCUUAGAAAUGGACACCUAUCCCGGCCACCCCGCGAUGAACGUGUUUGCCUACAGGAACCAUCCAGUCAGCCGUGUGGACCUGCUGGGCUGGGUGGUGAGGGUGGAGGAGAGGGAGAAACUGUUUAACUAUGCCAUCGAUGACGGAACAGGUGUGAUUGGCUGCACCUGCUGGAAACCCAGAGUCCAGUCCACUACAGGUGAAGAUUCAAUGGAUGAUACUGAUUAUUCCACAACUGGAGCAUCAACAUCCGCUGACUCAGCAGAAAAGGAGUUUGCGGAUUUCUUAGCCCUAAAGAGGCGGGAGAUUAAGAAAUGUGUCCGUCAGCUGAAGCAGCCGGCGAGACUUGGAGACCUGUUACAUGUGCGGGGACGAAUCAAGUUGUACCGUGGUCGGAGGGAAGUUGGCGCAGCAUAUUUCCGCCACGUUGACGACCCAACAUGCUCGAUAGAGAUCAACAGGACGAUGAAGCAGCUCCAGUUGUAUCAGGACUUCUACGAUGUACCAUUCCAGAGAGGGAAUGGGGACAGUGGUGACUGUACAGGGGCAGGGGUUGUGAAAUCCCUGCAAGACGCCAUUGCAGACUUUCUCAACACAAGCAGCACUGUCUUAAAUUUUGAAAUCAAGGAGCUUGCCACAGUGGACAGUCUUAUGGCCGUUGUAGAGAAGGCACGAAAGGAAAACGAGUCUGCGAUGACGGCGAAACAAGUCAACUCUCUCUUUACUCAGGCAGUUGGGGGUCUAGAGGACCUGGGUUUGGUGUACAAAAGGACCGACAAGGACAACCUGUAUGUGGUUGUUGACAGGGAUGAGACCCUGGAGUCAAAUGUCUUGGAAAUUGUGAGGCGAGAGAGUCAGAAUCCAAAGUACUCGGAGUCAGGGUGCCACUAUCGGCAUGUGCUGGACUGCUUACGGACCAACCCCAGGUUUUCUGGUGUCGGCCCCAACGUUGUGGUUCACAUCUUAGACAAGCUGGAGUCACAGAGUGACGUCAUCAGCACGUCAGAGAACUACUAUAUAGCAUUCUAGUUAGGCUUUUAGAUAGAAUAGAAUAGCUUACCUAUCAAUCUCCUUGUAUAUGACUUACUGCAUUUAGCCCCAAGGGUGCAUGAAUAUGCAUUAAACUUCAAUAUCAAUAUCAAUAAAGACAAAAAUGGAAA